AUGGAUCCUGCUUCCUCCCUUGGUAAAGAUGAGAUCAGCGUCGAGGCUGAGGAAAUAGAGCUGAGGGCCGCACGCAAUCGAGUCAUCAACUUCGAAGAUUCGUCCACUGAAGCUGAGGCAGGGCAAGUUGAGGCAAUGCGUUCAAUAUACCAGCCAGCUCAGUUCAUACGCACGAAAUCCAUUGGUUGUGAAAGUACCAACAGCCGGAGAGAAGCUGCUGGGAAUGUUGGAUUUCCCAUCGAGUUCCGUACUCUCUCUAUCCAGAUCUCUGAGUCCCAGAUUGUCUCGAAGCAGACAUCCCAAGAGCCAGAUAAAAAGAAGUUGCCAAACCAGGAUUACUUUGAAAGCCUUGAUUUCCAUACCAUUGACAAGGAGAAGCUCUGCCAGGAGUUCAAUGUCGACGUUCGCACUGGCCUGAGUGUGGAAGCUGCUUCAAAGCGUCUUCAACAAAAUGGCCGAAAUGUUAUUGCUCAAAAUCAUGAAAAUUACCUUAAGAAGAUAUUCUUCUAUGUCUUCGGUGGCUUCUGCUCUGUGUUGUGGGUUGGGGUCAUCAUAUUCUUCGUCUGCUGGAAACCGCUAAGCAACCCACCAUCUGUGACCAACCUUGCCAUGGCAGUCUUGGUCAUGAUUGUUAUUGCUCUGCAAGUCGUUUUCUCUGUUUUCCAAGACUGGUCAACAAAAAGGGUUAUGAAUUCUAUCUUGAACCUUCUUCCCUCGGAUGCCUUGGUCCUGCGUGAUGGGAAUCUGAUUCAAAUUCCCGCUACCGAACUUGUUACCGGAGAUAUCGUCCACAUCAGUAUCGGAAACAAAGUACCUGCCGAUAUGCGCCUGCUCCAAAGCUCGGGUGAUGUUCGAUUUGACCGCGCAAUUUUGACAGGAGAGUCGGACGAGAUCGAUGGUGCUACCGAGCCAACUGAAAACAACUUCCUCGAAACCCGGAAUAUUGCUAUGAUGGGAACUGGUGUUACAAAUGGUAAUGCCGUUGGUAUCGUUGUUCUGACGGGUGCAAAUUCGGUCAUGGGCCGAAUUGCCCAUAUGACAGCUGGUGUCAAGCCAAAGCCUACCAUCAUCCAGAGGGAAAUCACCCGUUUCGUCAUGAUCAUCAUCGUCCUGACCAUUAUUCUCGCAGCGAUUAUCUUGUUUACAUGGCUGGGAUGGCUUCGCAAGGAUCAUCCUACCUACAUGAGUGUGGUUGCUAUGCUGAACAAUGUUAUGGGCUGUGUUGUCGCUUUCAUUCCCGAGGGAGUCCCCGUCGCCGUUGCCCUAACACUGAUGAUGGUCGCCCGCCAUAUGAAGCAGAACAAUAUUUUGCCCAAAGGACUGGCAACUGUGGAAACUCUGGGAUGUGUGAAUGUCAUCUGCUCUGACAAGACUGGAACCCUUACGCAGAAUCGCAUGUUCGUCAAGUCUCUUGGUAUGGUGGAUUGGGAGUUCAAAACCGAGGACUUGGUAUCUGACAUGGAAAGUUCCGAAGGAUUAUCGAACCUACUGCGCGCAUCCGUCUUGUGUAAUGAUGCGUUCUUCGACACGACCACCCUAUCCCUACCAACGCACGCGCGUAAAGUCAAUGGAAACGCCACCGACGCUGCCGUUUUGCGACUUGCAGAUAGUGCGGGUGCUGCAGCUCCUCAGAAUCUCGAGCCUUAUGAGCGUGUGCACCAGAUUCCGUUCAACUCCAAGAAUAAAUGGAUGCUUACCAUGCAUGUUGAUCCGGUUGUUUCAUCUAGAUAUGUGAUCUACGUCAAAGGUGCACCAGAUGUUCUGCUGGAUCGCUGUGAUACCUACUGGUCUGCCAUUAAUAAUGCCGUCCGCCCUCUAGAUGAGCAGGCCCGUCAGAAGCUUUCUGAUUUCCAGGCCAAGCUGUCCCGUCGUGCUGAGCGUGUGAUUAUUCUUUGCCAGCGCCACUUCGUGCCAAGCAACGAGCUCGGGUCCAAUGGGUUUAGUGAUGAGAUCAUGGUAUCUGGAGUUCAAGAUCUGACAGUACUAGGCAUAUUUGGUAUCAUUGACCCACCUCGUCCUGAAACUGCCCAGACUGUUGCUUCUUGCCGACGUGCAGGAAUUCGCUUCUUCAUGGUGACUGGUGAUUUUGGACUGACAGCUGCUGCGAUCGCACGGGAUAUUGGAAUUUUUGAGGGUCACGCUGAGCCGGACCUGAUCGGUGAUCUACGCGAUAGCCUCGACGCGGAGUCCAAGAUUCAUCACUCUCGAUACAGCUUGCUCUUGGAGGGAGGAAGUUUGUCCUCCUUAACCCAAGAAGAGUGGGCGGCGGUCUGUUCAUACGAGGAAAUUGUCUUCGCCCGUACCAGCCCUGAGCAGAAGCUGCGCAUUGUGACUGAGCUCCAGGCCAAGGGAAACAUUGUGGCCGUGACUGGUGAUGGUGUGAAUGAUGCUCCAGCUCUCCGUUCAUCUGAUGUCGGUAUUGCAAUAGGCUCUGGUAGUGAUGUGGCCAUUGAAGCAGCUGACCUGGUCCUCCUGGACCGCUUCGAUUCUAUCGUUGAGGCAAUUCGUCAAGGACGUCUGGUGUUCCAAAACCUGCAGAAGGUCAUUGCAUACCUACUUUCCGCCGGCAGCUUUUCAGAGAUCUGGCCUGUCCUCAUGAACGUCUUCUUCGGCAUUCCAUCGCCGCUAAGUUCAUUCCUGAUGAUCGUUAUCUGCGUGUUCACCGAUCUAUUUCUCUCGUUGUCACUGAUUAUGGAAAAGGAAGAAUUUGACCUUUUGAGUAUCCCACCCCGUCGCCCCAAGCACGACCACCUGAUCAACCUCCGUAUUUAUGGCCAGUCAUACCUAUUUGUCGGUGUGAUGGAGGCAUUUAGUGCACAUGCCAUGUUCUUUCUUUACAUGUGGAAAGAGGCCGGAAUAUCCUUCAGCGACCUCGUUUUCGCAUUUGAGAAAUACUCCGACGGCUUCCACGGAUACACCCAAGAUGAACUCACCAACUUCAACAACGUCGGCCAGUGUGUCUACUUCGUCACAUUGGUGAUCAUGCAGUGGGGAAAUAUCCUCUCAGUUCGCAACAAGCGCCUGUCUAUCCUUCAGGCCGAUCCCAUUCGACCGGCACGCCGCAAUCCCUGGCUACCGCUGGCUAUGCUCACUUCGCUGCUUAUCGCCAUAUUUGUCACAGAGGUUCAUGGAAUCCAGAGACUUUUCAAUACUGCCCCUGUUCCUCUUGAGUAUUGGUUUAUUCCCAUUGGUUUGGCCCUUGGUGUGCUUGCCAUGGACGAGUUGCGUAAGGCGUUAGUACGGUUGUUCCCUAAGGGACCAGUUGCUUGGGUUUCGUGGUAG